AUGUCUGUGCCGCAAGGCAGCUGGAGCUUAAAGAUUUACAUAGAGAAAGUUCGAAACUUCUCCAAGAUCCUGGUGGAGGACCAGAACACGCACCCAUCGAGAACUCUGAAUGUCUUCUGUGAGGUUCGCACGUGCGGUCAGGUCUUUCGAACUCGCUGCCUGCAAGAUCGCAUGUUAGAAGACGAGAGUUUGGACGGGACGAGGCAUAUCAACGUCGCCAGGGUGCAACAAGAGUUUGAGAUCAUCUUCGACAAGAACUGGGGAGGGCAGGACCUUGAAGUACUUGUGUUUCACUGGUUCCCCUCCUCCCUGUUUCUUUCUCAGCCUCACCUGUACAGCUCGUUCGACUGCUGGGGGAUCCCGACGCACAACUCGAUCGGAAAGCAGCUGGACGCGGAGGUGCGGGCAGCUCUAGAGCAGGAGAUGGCUCGGAGUAACACUCCUCCUCUGCUGCUGGGAGGCAUCAGGCAGGAACUUGAGUGGCUGCGGGAAAAGAACAAGUAUGGGUGGUACAACGCCUUCAAAGAUGGACGGCAUGUCAUGUUGAAAGAUCGAAAUGCCUCUGUCCUGCUCAGGUUCCAGCCCAGCCUUCGCCGCCCAGCUUCUCGUGCUCAACUUGACGAAGUCGAUCGGUUACAAGAAGUCAGUCUUCCGCCCUCCCGUCCCAGCGACUUCGUGCCUCUCGCCACUGACUUCUCGAUGCGACAAGACUCCACAGACGUACUUCUAUCAAGUCGCUUGGCAGCUGCAGCAGAAAUUGCAGGAAAACCUCAGCAGCCCCACGACGUUCAAGAGUUUCACUUUGACAUGUCUGACAGCGAGCAAGCAGAUCUGAGGUGCAUCUCAGAUGAUGAACUGAAGCCAGGCCUCCUCCAUUUUCUUUCCACGUCAGGAGGAAGGGAACACCACUCGAACCUCGAGCACAGCAGGUUCCUUCAGCUCCACACCAGCAGCAAGUGGGUUCGCGGGAGCCCCGAUCAGGUGCUGGAGACCAAGGGCUCGUUCAACUAUUCCGGCAGCGAGAGGAACGGCUGGCUCUGCUUAGAGCUUCCUCGGGGCCUUCGCUUCUUCCCGUCAGGUUACUCCUUGCGGCAUGGGCUCACUGGGCCUGGCAAGUCGCUCCUUCACUGGUCCUUCCUCGCGUCUGUCGAUGGCCAAGAGUGGCUGCUACUCAAGGCUCACAAUGAUGAUCGCAGCUUCCAGCGCCUCCCGCAGUCGAGCAAGCCAGGGGCUGGAGCGCCUCGAGCCUCCUUCAUCACUUCGAACUUUAAGCUGACAACUGAGAAACCAAAGCCACUGGACGGGCUGGUGACGGCAGAUGAGCUGAAGAGGCUGCGAGCCAUUCAAGCGGCCAACGAAGACCUGGAAGCGUCCAUUGCAGCGUCAGGAGGCUUCAGGUUUUUCAAGAUCAGGAUGGAUGGGCCGGACAGCAGCGGCACUUGGUCGCUCUCCUGCUCGGGGCUCGAACUGUUCGGAAAGCUUGUGGUGCGCUGGGAUGUCGUCGAAGCCAUCAUCCUCAAAGCGACCGAAGAGCAUGUACGGCUACCGGAUGAUGCAGCAGGAGCAGGAGCAGGAGCAGGAGCAGGAGCAGGAGCAGGAGCGGGAGAAGCGAAAGCAGCAAGCGGAUCGGAUGCAAGUAUUGCAGGACAAGGACAAGAGCAAGAGCAACGAGGAACUUCUCUGCAUCUCCAGCAUUGCCUGCAGCUUGUUCGCAUCAUGGGCACUCAAACUCCUCGAUCAGUCAAGGCUGCUGUCGAGCUUUAUGCCUCUCAUGUUGAGACUUCAUCCCAGGUUGUCAAGACGUUGGCAAUCAUUGGAGACCGCCCCCAGCUGGAGUAUCCCAGCACUCGCCUGGUGGGCACGCAAGGGACUUCACUUCCCUCUCUCAGCCCUCAGCUUAUGUUGGGCACGAAGCCGCUCAUCCUGGAAGUCUCGCCUCCACUUCCAGCUGGAGUCGUGCUCGAUCAGGAGACGGGGAGAAUCUCUGGGGUACCGUUGGAGGCAGUUCAGCUUGAGGUGUGCGUGAAGCUCUGCUCUCCCGCCGGCUCGUCUUCCUUCUCCUUGCGCCUUAUCGUCCUGCCCCUCCUGCUGUUCCCCAAGUAUAGUUUCCCCUUCACCUCGCAGGAGCAAGAGGCUGGUGGACUGUUGAAGUUUCUCGGGACGGGAGGAUUGGAGCACGAGUGGAAGAAUCCGUCGGCGUCAAGGAUGGUGACGCUGCAGACGAGUGGGUGGCUGACGGAGGAGGACAACAUCCUUGCAGACUCGGCAGUGCUGAGCUCGAGCUACGAUGCUCCUCUCAGUUGGUUCUCAGUUGAACUCCCAGCUGGAAUUUGGCUUCGGCCGACGCACUACAUGCUGCGGCACGGGUACAACACCUCCUCCAACGCGAUGAGCAACUGGGUGCUGGAAGCCUCUGCGGACGGCGAGGAGUGGGAGACGCUGAGAAGGCACGAGGAGGACACGACUCUGCACGAGCGCUUUGCGGUCAGAGUAUGGGCGGUAGGGAAGGUGCGGGAAGGCGAAGGGGUGGGAAGGAGGGAGGAGAAGAUCUUUCGGCGCUUCCGAGUGAAGAUGACAGGGAGGAACAGCUCGGGGAAUCACCAGCUGAGGUGCAGCGGCUUCGAGCUCUUGGGUGAAGUUUUCGUGGCACUCUCGCUGCCUGCCCUGAGCUCCUCCUUGUGGUUCGUGCGAUGGUGGCAGGUUGAGGGGCUCAAGGGGCUGAUCGAGACGAUGCAGAGGAAGCUUGUCGCUGUUGAUGACUCGCCUGCUGCAUGUGUUGCGGCCUCGGAAGCUGAGCUGAAAGUGCAGGCAAGCGAGUUGAUAGAGCAUCUGGUCCCUCUGGUGGCGAGCGAGAGGAGGAGAAAGUUGAGAGUGUCUGCACUGUCCUUGAUCGGCGCUCUACUCCGUCCUCUCCCUCAACAUGUGGCCAUUUCGAUCAGCUCGUUGCUGGAGGACGAGGAUGAAGUUGUCAGGACUUUGACCUACUUGCUGCUCAAGGGCAUUUGCUGUCAAUAUCGUCAGCUCUCUCUGCUUCUGAUUCGCAGGCUGCUAGUCAGGCACCUGGAAUCAUCCUCGCCUCCUCCUCGUUCCCAGUUUUUCAAGGAUCGAAGCAGUCAGAUGCAGCACGUUGACCUCAGCCCUGCUCUCCUCCUGGGACCUCCUGAGAAAGUAGAAGAAACCGCCCAUGCCCUUCAACUGAGAGAGACAGACGAGCUGCUUGCUGGUCUGCUGGUCGACGUGCUGGAAGAGGAAAAGGUUGCUGAACUCUGCAAGGUUGUGCAGGAGAGCGUCGAGUUAGGCAGUAGGAGGGAGCGAACAGAUAGGCUCAUCCUUCUCCUGCAGUCUAACAUAUGGACCCUCCGCUACGCUGCCUGCUGUCUUCUCCCUUUUGUAGCUGAUCGAGGAAACACGAGGAUUGUUUCCUCCGUCAUCGCAGCCAUGCAGGACGAGGUGCUGGCGGUGAAGGUGGAGGCUAUCAGAACGGCAGCAAAAGUUGCACGCAAGUUCGAUGAAGAGACUAUCAAGGCUGUGGAGGCGGUCAAUGCAGGAACAGCAAUAGGAAUGUGGCGCAAGAGACUCUACGGAAACUCACACAGGUAA